AUGGACUAUAAUAGGAUGAACUCUUUUUUAGAGUACGCGAUCUGUAACCGAGGGACCAGCGCCUACCCCGGCCGAGGCUAUCACCCUCUGGAGGCCGGGCCCCUGGCCUCCUACCCGCCCUGUUCGGGCUCCGCCGGCGACGGCUUCUCCCCCGACGGACGCUACGGGGGGACUCUCCUCCCGCAGGGCCCCGGCUACGCCCCCCAGCCCCCGGCCGGGCUGGGCUCCCCCUUUCCCAGCUCUUCGCCCUCCGGGUACCCGCCGGCCCCCUGCAGCCCCGGCUAUGGGCCCUACCAGUCCUACCCGCUGGGCCCGCAGGACGGGGAGGGCCAGCUCUUCCAGGCCUUGGGCUUCGGGGCCUCGGCCGACGGCUACGGGCCCGGGGGCGGGGCGGGGCCGGGGGUCGGGCCCUACCCUCCGCCCCAGCCCCCCUACGGACCAGACCAGCCGGGCGGCUUCGGGCCCGGCUCCUUCGGGGAGCUCCUGGGCCAGGAGAAGGAGCCGCCCUGCCAGCCCCCCGCCCCUGCCCCCGCCCCCGCCCCGGCCCAGACCUUCGACUGGAUGAAAGUGAAGAGAAACCCGCCUAAGACAGCCAAGGUGCCCACCGAGUUCGGGCUGGGCCCGCCCAGCGCCAUCCGCACCAACUUCACCACGCGGCAGCUGACGGAGCUGGAGAAGGAGUUUCACUUCAACAAGUACCUGAGCCGGGCGCGGCGGGUGGAGAUCGCCGCCACCCUGGAGCUCAACGAAACCCAGGUGAAGAUCUGGUUCCAGAACCGGCGAAUGAAGCAGAAGAAGAGGGAGAGAGAGGGGGCCUUGGCCUCAGCGAGACCCCCGGGUUCCUCCAAGGAGGCGGCCGGAGACGGCUCGGAUCAGUCGGCCUGCACGUCCCCCGAGGCCUCGCCCAAUUCCGUUACCUCCUGA